AUGACUACCUAUUUAGAUGCUGCUCCAGGGGAAAUAGAGUGCUUAAGAGAUUUUGGUAAUCAUUAUGUCUGUAAAGGAAGAAGAAGCAUAGCAUUAGCUGCUACUUUACUGAAACAAGAUGAAAUUGUAGCAUUUCCAACAGAUACAAUAUAUGGUCUUGCUGGUGUUGUAUCAAGCAACACUUCCAUUGAAAAACUAUAUAAAAUUAAGGAUCGUGAUGAAAACAAACCAUUAUCUAUUUCUAUUAGUUCUGUGAAACAUAUAGGGCAUUGGGGCAUCAUAGACCAUAUACCAAGAGGUUUAUUGACAACAAUAUUACCUGGACCAUAUACAAUUAUCUUGAAACGAACACAAAAUUUAAAUCCUGCUUUUAAUCCUAAUCAUGAUACUGUAGGCAUUAGAGUUCCACAUUUCAAAUUUAUAAAUUGUGUUGCUAAGAUAGUAGGACCAUUGGCACUAACAAGUGCUAAUGUAAGCAAUGAACCAAGUUGCCUAUAUGCAUCAGAAUUUGAACAUUUAUGGCCUAGGUUGGGUGCCAUAUUUCACGAUAGCAACAGAUUUGGUACAUCAGUGCAAAGUCUAAGGAAAGGAUCUACAAUUGUAGAUUUAUCUGAACCAGAGUAUUACAAAAUUGUUCGUUUUGGAGUUGGAGCCAAGUCACUGAUUUCGUUUUUAAAUUCAGUAGGAUUAGAAUGCCUCGAAGAUUAA